GUCACACACGCUUCGAGCAAAAGGUGAUGAACGGUUUUAAAUUUGGAUACUCGUGUUUAUUUUCGUCCUAUCUUUUCGGUUAUACGUACUUACAUGUCCGGACAUCGCUUCAUUAGAAUACUUAUUUAUUUCUCCGUUGUCGAUGAUUACUAGCGACUUUGUAUUUUCCAUAUCAGUGUUUAUAAUAUUAGAAUUAACGUCACAAAAAUAUUUACAAGAGGUAGAUUGAAUAAAGAUUAGGGAAUAUGUCGACAGAAUACCAAAAUCUUUCUUCAGCAAGAAAUUUUAAAGCGGCUCUAGCGAUGAGGCGAAACUUGGGAAGCCAAGAAAAAAACUUUUGUACUACAAAUAAUCUAGAAGAAUCUUUAUCUAUAUUGGCUGAGGAGUUAGAAUCUUUUAAUAUUUCGCCAGUGCACGCAGAUAACGAUGGAAUUGAGUCUAUAGAAUCGUUGAAGGAAAUUUCUAUGAAAUUAAUAAAUUCAUUAUGGAAUUUAAUACAUAAACAUAGAAUGUUAAUGAAAUCUCACGACGAACUGAAUGAUACUUACGCAAAGAUCUCAAAUGACAAUAAUAGUCUAAAGAACCAUGUCAAACGACUCAAAGAAGAAUUGCAGAAAGGACAUACGAUGUUGGCUCAAAUACGGGAAAAGGAAAGAAGACUCAAAGUACAAAACGAUGCCAUUUUACGUGAUUUAAAACAAGAAAAGAAUGAGGUAACUAAGUUAAAGAAGCAAUCGUUAUCAAAGGAUAGUCAACACGAACACGAAUUAAGAAGGAUUAUACAGAGCGGUAAUAAACUACGGGAACAGUUACAGAAAUCUACCGGUACAUAUAUACCCAAAGACAAAGUGAUACAAAAGGUACAGACUGAUCAUGACAAAGAAGUAAUGUUGUAUAAACAAACGAUAUGCCGUUUAGAAGAAAAUAACAGACUGAUGUUACAAGAGAUUAAUGACUUAAAAGACUCGUUAUCGCUUCAUUCCACUGCUAUCGAUUUGCAAAUGGAAGCAUCUGGAGUGUGGACCGAUACGGAUGCAUAAAUAAUAAAAGCGCAUAGAUUACUGACGAUACUCGCUGAAUAUGUGGGUGAGAUCUAAUACGGUAAUACAAAAUAACGAAAAGAUCGUUUCAUAGCUCCGCAAUGCACUGAUUUUCACGGAACGUUAUAUCCCGCCUAAAGUGUAUUCUGCACAUAAUUUCUAAUUAAUCGUAUAUAAUAAAAUAGUUCCUAAUAACAAUGUUUUUAUAGUAAAAUAUUUUUACAUAUAGUAAUACUGAUAUUUAUUAGACAUUUUUAGAAUUUUGUAUAUUUCGAAUAAACUAAGUUAUGUAGA